AUGCGGCAGAUCUCGUCUCUGCUGCAGGGCCUGGCCUGGUCGCUCUCGGUGGGGAGGGACAGGAAAGGGGACGGCGCAGGCGACGGCGGCAAGACCGCCAUGCCGGCGGUGCUGCGGACGUCCGGCACCCUGUGGGGCGAGGGCUCGGAGACGUUCGCCGCCGUCUGCUCGCGGCGCGGCGAGAAGGGCAUCAACCAGGACUGCUCCAUCGUCUGGGAGCUCCUGGCAUCUGAACCCAAGAAAGCUUGUUCACAUGGCUUUUCUAUCAUGUCUUCAUGGUUUCGGGUGCCAGGAGGACACCAUCUUGUGCGGCAUCUUCGACGGGCACGGCCCGUGGGGCCACUACGUCGCCAAGGCCGUGCGCGACUCGCUGCCGCCGUCGCUGCUGUGCCACUCGCAGGACAGGAGGCGCUCGCGCUGGCGUCGCUCAUCGACGGCGAGAAGAGGCUCGGCGACUGCCAGUUCGACCUCUGGAAGCAGUCCUACAUGGCCGCGUGCGCCGCCGUCGACGACGAGCUCCGACGCAGCCGCCGCUUCGACGCCGUCCAGAGCGGCUGCACCGCGCUGUCCAUCGUCAAGCAGGGGGACCUCAUGGUCAUCGCCAACGUCGGCGACUCCCGGGCCGUCCUGGGCACCACGUCCGACGACGGCGCCGUCGCGGCCGUCCAGCUCACCGUCGACUUCAAGCCCAACCUGCCACAGGAGAAGGAGCGCAUCCGGCGGUGCAAUGGCCAAGUGUACUGCCUCGCCGACGAACCCGGCGUGCACCGCGUCUGGCAGCCCAACCGGGAGUCGCCGGGGCUCGCCAUGUCGCGCGCGUUCGGCGACUACCGCGUCAAGGACUGCGGCGUCAUCUCGGUGCCAGAGGUCACGCAGAGGAGGAUCACCAGCGGUGACCAGUCCGUCAUCCUCGCCACCGACGGGGUGUGGGACGUGCUCUCCAACGACGAGGCCGUGCAGAUCGUGGCGGGGACGCCGGACCGGGAGAAGGCGGCCAAGCGGCUGGUGGAGUGCGCCGUCCGCGCGUGGAGGCGCAAGCGGCGCGGCAUCGCUGUCCACGUCAAGGAGAGGCAACAAAAUGCACAUCUCAAGACUGCGAUUAUUGUGCCCGUCGCAUUCGUAGUAGACUAG